AUGAAAGGGGCUCUAUCACCGUCAGACAGCGAAACAAAUAAUUCAUUGAGCGCAGUCUCCCCAUUUACCCCGGAUAACAUACGGGGAAGCAUAAUCCUCACGCCAGAGCUAGCAUUAGGGUCAUCUUCACCAAACUUUAUCUCACACUCUCACCACAAAUCGCCUCCAGUCCCGCCAACCAAACCGCACCCAAGCGAGCUCAUCGCUUCAGUCCCUCCCCGGCCAGGCUAUACCCCAGAACUACCAGACACGUGCUUCCAUCGGCUGCGCGCCGAACUAGCCUCCCACUCCCAGAGCGAGCUGAUUAACGUACCCAUAGAGCAACGACAGCGACAGCAGAAUGGCACCACAUCAAGGACUAAUCCACGAUCUUGGGAAUCGCCUGGCUUGGCGCCUAUGCCUAGUUCAUGUGCAAGCUCAGCAAGAGGAACCGGCAACGGCAGCGGCCACGGCCAUAGCAAUAGCAAUGGUAGCAGUCCUAGGAGAAACCAAGCUGGACGGAUCAUCACCGCCGAGGGAGUUGUCCUAGGCGCGAAUCUGGAUCGAUACUCCAAUGGCAUGGAAAUUGGAGAGUCCCAGGCCCAGGGGGAAAGGGGAAGGAGGGCUGAGCGUGAUGAGACAGACCAUGUUAUGAGUUUUAUGCAGUAUGCUGGGAGACCGGAGGAUCGGGGCUUGGGGAAUGGGCUUGGGAUCACAACAAGUGACCAUACUUCCAAUCUCCAGGCACGUAGGAGCAGUGCGUCCAGAUCGAGGCCUAGGCCCGCGGAGCGCAGUUUGGAAGAAGAUAUUGUGGCUGCGGAGGGUAAUAUUGACCUUCCGCCUGCUUAUGAGGCAGAAGAGGGCGCCCCUGGACACGAAAUUAAGUCUCCGUCAGGGAGGAUGAGUAUGACCCCAAGAGGGGGGACUUGA